GAGAUGCUCGCUGGUUCGCCUGCUUGCUAACUUGCUAGCAUGGCUACAGCCUAAUCACAAAUACACUGCAGUGCAGCUGCGGAGAGGACAGGGUCGGGUCGGCUCCACUUUUCCUUCACAUUCUUUCAUUGUUAGCGCUUUUGUUUUAUCCGAGAUGGGGACGCGAGAUGACGAAUAUGACUACUUGUUCAAAGUGGUCCUGAUUGGAGACUCUGGUGUGGGGAAGAGUAACCUGUUGUCCCGUUUCACCCGAAAUGAAUUCAACCUUGAGAGCAAAAGCACUAUUGGAGUAGAGUUCGCUACACGUAGCAUUCAGGUGGAUGGAAAGACGGUGAAAGCUCAGAUCUGGGACACAGCCGGACAGGAACGCUACCGGGCCAUCACUUCAGCGUAUUACCGGGGAGCUGUUGGGGCCCUACUAGUGUAUGACAUCGCCAAGCACCUAACCUAUGAAAAUGUGGAGCGCUGGCUUAAAGAGCUGAGAGACCACGCAGACAGCAACAUAGUCAUCAUGCUCGUGGGCAAUAAAAGCGACUUGCGUCACCUUCGGGCCGUGCCCACCGAUGAAGCACGUGCAUUUGCAGAGAAAAAUGGUCUGUCCUUCCUAGAGACCUCAGCCUUGGAUUCCACUAAUGUGGAGACCGCUUUUCAGACCAUCCUGACUGAAAUCUACCGGAUCGUAUCCCAAAAGCAGAUGUCUGACCGCCGAGACAAUGACAUGUCACCAAGCAACAAUGUGGUGUCCAUCCAGGUGCAACCUACUGAGAAUAAACCAAAGAUGCAGUGCUGCCAGAGCAUCUAGCGGCACCCGUCCCAUCCUGUCCCGUCCCGUACCCUCCCCCAACCACCCACCUGCAACACCCCCCUCCUCCCCUCCCCUUCAAGACUGCUUUGGGUCUGAGAUGCAGCUGCACAACUAGGCUUGAGCACAGAGGCUGGUUCCAAAAGCUGGAAUCUCAAAGGGUCACCACCUGCAGUCUGGACUAAGCUUGUUUUUUUUGUUUGUUUUUUCUCCUUCCUGCCAUGGUAGGCUUUUAUAUUGCAGAAUUUUAAUAAUCAUUUGUGCCCAUCUUCACUGAAAUGUCUUAAUAUAUAAUUUCAUUCGCAAACGUGUGAGGUUCGCUUAUGUAUGUCUUUAGUAGCAGCCCCCUUGUCACUGGGGUGGAGGGGAGAAAUGUGCAGUAUUGGAGGUUUUGCUAUAUUUAAUGUUGUGAUUGUCGAGAGAUGAUGUACCUGAUAGAUAUUAGAUGACGAUUAGGGCCCAAAGACCACAGUCUUCACCUUUCAGCCAUCUUCCAAGUAUAGUUUACAUAGCAUGUACAGUCCCUUCACGCACUUGGCACAGGGAACAUCGCGUCACAUUCUUGAUUUCACCAUCAGGCCAGUGGAAGAGGCCUUAAGGCAUAUAGCUACCGCGCUGUUUUCUCAUCAUCUUCACAUGCUUCGAGCUAGAAUAGUGGUUUUAGUGCCUUUUUUUCUGAUGGAACGUCACACACACGGACGCCUUCACACAUGCGCUUAAAAUGCAGCACCUCUUCAGCUACCCGUGCCGGUGCAACUGUAAUGUAGUCUCUUUCUUUUUGUAUUCCAGCCCUUGUCUUCAUAUAACAAAAUUUCAAUUUGUACAAAAAAUAAUUGAUAAUGCAAAAAGAGGGGUAAAAGAGUAGCAAAUAGGCACAAGUUCUCUUUGAAACACUACCACAGACCUAUUCAGUAAGAAACGAGGGAACGUAACAUUAUUUUCUCGUCACAACCUCGAACCCAUUGUACUUUUGCAGGUCACGCUUUGUCGGUAAAGUCUGAACAGGAAAAACACGCAGCGGUGAAUGACGGCCUGCUGAUAGCCACAUCACACGAGAGCAUUCUAGGGAAUAGACUGAAUACUUUGUCUUUUCAUUUUUGCACUGAAUGUAAAAUAUCUCUCCCAGUUUGAAUUAGCGCCACUACAUACAGUUAAUGAUCUUAAGACCUGUAACUUGUAUUUAUUCUGUGGUAGUCACUUGAAUCGAGUUGUUAGCCUUUAAUAUUCGUGGCGAAGUGGUGGGACUCUUAAAUGUUAAGACACAGUGUGAUAAUUUAUGAAUGUAUUAUAUGUUUUAGCCUACAAAAAAGUCAUUGUCCUGAGUCCAGCAGAUGGGGAAACUACCACAAGCUGUGAUGCUCGUCUUCGCUUAAUGGCUGUCUAAUAAAAUGUACUCAGUGUGACAUAAAAUAUCAGUAAAGACUGAACUAA